AGUGUAAAAAUGAUAUAAGUAUGAUAUCUCAUAAACUAUUCAAUUUUGCUCCACUGGAAAUUACCUUGUUCAUAUUGUUAUUGCAAGGAUGCACAGGUCAAAUUGUUCGAAUGAAAAUUGGAAUUCUUCAUGACCAUUAUGUCGACAGUCAACAUAUUGAUGCAGUGUAUAAAUCGGUUGUCAAUUUUCCAAGUUUAUUCAAAGUGGAGAGUGACAUUCUCAUAGAAACCAAAAAAUUUGAUCUUGACCUUGGUGCCACAGUUUAUGACGAAUUGAGAACUGAAAACUUCACUGCUCUUAUUGUAGUCGGCAAAAAAUUAAAAUGUGAUGAGGUGGCAAAAAUAAAGAAACAAAUUCCUAUCUAUGUUGUUUCAGGAUCAUUUAAGUCAUGUGAUGAAUAUGAAGAACUUAACAGCAUUAUUUACUUGUAUCCACCAGAUACUUUUGUUCUUUCUGCAAUGUUAUUGGCAACAAAAGAAUAUGAGUGGAAGCAUGCAAUAGUUCUUGGAGAAAAAAAUGAUGAAUUUAGUUUUACAUUCACAAGUAUGCAGCAAGCAAGAGUUGAAAAUUUGGAAACAAUUGCAUUCGAAGCAGUUGCAGAAAAAUCAGCUCUUAGAGAAACAUUAUUAAGCGCAAAGAAAGCAGGAAUAAGAGCUUUCAUUGUUAUGGCUCAGUAUAACCAUGUUGAGAUGAUUCUAACUAGUGCUGAAGAACUUGAGUUGACAGAUAGUAAUUUUUACUGGUUUAUACCCAAUGCUUUCGUUAUUCCAACUUCCCUGAAAGCAUUCUUGAACAAGGAAAUUAAAAUAUCAUUAUUAAACAGUCCACUAUUGACACCACUAUUAGAAAAAAUCUUACAGAAGGAAAAUGCAAAUAUGAGUGAAAUUGAUCUCAUGAGUGAAGUUGCUUCAUCUCUAACCUUUUUGUCAAUCAAACAAGUCAUGAAUGCAUGCAACAAAGCAAAAUCAGAAAAUUGUCUCAAUCUGGAAAAGAAUAAAUAUAUGUGUCUACCAAAUCCUUUGGAUGUAUUGGAGGUUUCAACAGAGGCAACAAUAUUAACUCCUUUUGACUCCAUUCUUGGACAUACAACAACAUCAAACAUGCAUGAACAAACUACAUCAACUACACCGAGUAUGCAUGGCCACACACCAGCGACCACACCAAGCAUCCACGGUCAUGGAACAACUACCACACCAAGCAUGCAUGGUCACACCAUAGAUAUCACACAAAGCAUGCAUGGUCACACCAUAGCUACCACACUAAGCAUGCAUGGAAACACCAUAACUUCCACACCAUCAACAACAACCUCAUCAAUUAUGAAUGAACAUACAUCAACAACUACACCAAACAUGAACGGACACACAACAUCAACUACAUUGACUAUGAAUGGACACACAACAACUAUGAAUGGACACACAACGACAACUACUCCAAGUAUGGGUGUACAUACAUCAACUAUGAAUGGACACACAACAACAACUACUCCAAGCAUUGGUGGACAUACAUCAACUAUGAAUGGACACACAACGACAGCUACUCCAAGCAUGGAUGGACAUAUGACAACAACUACAUCAAGCAUGAAUGGACAUACAACAACAACAACAAUGACUCCAAGCAUUGGUGGACAUACAUCAACUAUGAAUGGACACACAACGACAGCUACUCCAAGCAUGGGUGGACAUAUGACAACAACUACAUCAAGCAUGAAUGGACAUACAACAACAACAACAACAAUGAAUGGACACACAACAACAAUUACUCCAAGCAUGAAUGGACAUACAACAACAACUAAAUCAACUAUGAUAAAACACUUAACAACAACUGAGCCAAGCAUGAACGGACAUAUGGCAGCAACAUCUAUCAAUCCUACCAGUACAUUGAUGCAUGGGCACAUGAAAAGAUCAAUUUAUUCUGAUAACAUUGAUGAAUCUUCAUGCAAAACAUGCAGGCACAAAAACUAUAUUCAUAGUUUUUGUUCUCGUAAAUCAUGCACCACGGCAAACCGACAAAGAAUCAAAAUCAGAGUGAAUAAAGACAAUGAUUUUAUUCCAAGAGUGAAACAUGCGAUUAAAAAAAGAUCUUUAGACAACGCUGAUUCAAAACCAAAUUCAGCUUGUGUAACAUUUCAAUGGGAGGAUGACAUCAUUGAGGCUGCUGUCAAAAUAGUAAAUGUUUCAUCGUUUUAUUCCGAAGACAAUACUGUGAGCGAAUCAGAAUCAAUUACAAGCUCUGAUGGGUCAACAAGAGCAAGUUUUGAUUCAUGUGCUAUUUCUUCAAUACAUAAAUGGGAUUAUCAGAAUGAUUCAUGUAGCAUACGUUUGGCUGAGAACGCAGAAAUUCCCUCUUCAAAUACAUUGUUUGUUGUAGAAUAUCUUUCAAAUGAUUUGUCAGUUGUGAGUAAUCAUGGAAGAAGCAAAAAUCAGGAACGUCAACCUGUCGUUGUAGGUAUAUACAACAGUAAAUCUCGUUCUUAUAUUAAUGUUAUGUAUGAACCGCUUCAUCCUUCUGAUAUUUUUCUUCCUUCUCGACCUCUGACUAUUGGUGCCAUUUAUCAUCCACCGUGGCUAACAUGGAAAAUGAAUGAAGUUACUGGAGAAGAAGAAUUUGAAGGAUAUUUAUAUGAGAUAUUAGAGAAGUUGUCUAUUUCUAUGAAUUUUUCAUAUCAACUUCGUACUGAAUAUGAUUUUAAUCUUGAUGUUCAUGAUGAUGAUGCAAUGGAAGAUUAUAUGAUGAGCGUUUUUAACAACAAUUCGGUUGACUUUUUCUUGCAUGCAAAAAGUGUUCGAGGAAACAGACUUGGCAAAUCCAACAAAGUUCUUCUAUCUGCUUCAUUUCAACAACCGCAUAUGUAUUUGUUGACAAAAAGAGUUGAAAAAACAGAAUCUGUUAGCAUAUGGCAGUUUAUGUUGCCAUUUCGAGAAGAAAGUUGGAUGCUAUUUUGGAGCACUUUUAUUCUGAUAUCUCUACUUAUGGCAUAUAUAAACAAGAGAAAUCCUAAUGAAUAUGAAGCAAUUUCUCAUACAUUUGGUCCAAACUCAUCACCCAGUGAUCAUCUUGGUGUUCUCAAUAGUCUAUGGUUUACUUUUGCUGCAAUUUGUGGCCAAGGAGCAGAUAUUGUUCCAAGAUCAACAGCAUGCGUUAUGUUAACUGGAACAUGGUGGGGAUUUGUUCUUCUGGUUUUAUCUGCUUACACAGCAAAUAUGACAGCCUUUAUGACGCAGGUUAACACAGGUGGUAUUGAAACAUUGGAUGAAUUAGCAAGUCAACAGCAAUUUGCUUACGGAAUGAUAGAAAAUAAUGCCAUGCUUGAUCUUUAUUUACCUGGAGCAAAAGAUGCACCUUAUACAACAAUGUAUGAGUAUUUGCAUAAAUUUGAGAACAAUUCCAUACUCAAAAAGCAGGAAGAUGGAUUUGAAAAAGUUUUAAAUGGAAAUUAUUAUUUACUUGCAUCGUUUGAAGCUGUGGUAGAUGCUCUUUCACAAUCAUGUGAUUUUGAUCUGGCUGGACAUGGUUUUUACCAAUAUCAAUUUGCAUUUCCAUUUCCCCAAGGAUCUGUUUACAUUAAUAUGUUCAAUGAUUACAUCAAAAAACUUGCAGACAAGGGUGUAUUGGCAGCACUUGAAGAAAAGUGGUUUACUCUAGAAAAAAGGUGUGAGACUAACGCUGUUGAAAAAAAUCUAGAAAAUCAGCUUGAUAUUAAAGCUUUCAUUGGCAUGUACGUGUUUUUAAUUCUCGGUGUUACAAGUGGAAUUCUCAUUUGUGUAGUUGAAACAGGAUGGAUAAAGUGUGGUGGAUUUGGUGGACUGUUUCAUCGAGCUGGAAUCUAUGAACUUGAGGACAAUCGGAAAGAAAUACAAAAAGCAAAUGAACUUUUGAAAAAAGAAUUUGAAUCUUGGGAAGGAGGAUGGGAUGUCUGGAAAUUUAAAGAAUGGAAAGAAGAUGCAGAUGAUAUGAACCUGAAACCGAGUAGUGAAAAAAAGCUAUUUUCACCACCACCUGGACUUGAAAAAUGCAGAGUUUGUGGAAGGAAUGUGAAAGAAAAUAAAAGUAAAGUCAUUGAGGUUCCUAUGAAAACUGAACCCCGCAUUUUGGAUAUUCCGCAGGUGACUAAACUUACCACCAAUGAGGAUGAAACAUACUCAAAUGAUAGUGGACGUGGAAGUGCUUCAAGUGGACAACUGACCAUAAAAACGGAAAAAUCUGGCACAAGAUCAGUUGAAGACACACCACAGACAGCAAGUCAGAAUCAAAAUACAAUUCCAACGAACUUGUUCGAUUUGACUGCUGCAACGGAUUUCAAAACAUUCUCUACUCAUGAUCAAGGAGUUCAAGCUCCAUCUCGUAUCAUUGUUACUGCCGAUUUGCAUCAAUCAAAAUAUCCAAUGGAAUUAGGUUCCUCACUUGUGGAUAAAAGACUCGAAAGUGCAUUAUCUUCCACUGUUUCACAUUCUUCUCUGGCAAGUGGAACAUUAUCAUUCUUAAGUGAUAGUGAAGAAUCAGUGUCAGUGAUUCAUCGAAGAACGCCUUAUAUAAAUUCCAGAAAUUCAUCUCGAUUCGCAGAAUCGCAAUUAACAUAUGAUUUUGGAACUCCUUCAUCAUUUUAUACCACAACAUCAUUUGGAACUCACAUGGAAUCCGCAUAUAGCAGAGUAUCAACGUGGACUUGUUCAUCGGAAUUUACCUGUGAUAGCAGAAUAGAGGAGUGUACUGAAGAGGAUACUCACAGCGAUGUUACCGCAAUUACGUACCCGGUAAUUAACGAUCAGUGGGGCGUGAUUUUUGAUUGGGAAAAUUUACAACUGAAUCAUAUUUUUCUUGCUUGUCGUAUCCUGCGAGUUCAUCAUAUUCGCAGAAACGAUUUUGGGCGCAGUCGUUCUAGCAAUACCCUAGCAAUGUUCGUGUUCAGGCUAAGAAAAGGAAGAUUUGCAUCGAUCAUGUCCUAUCAGCAAUUUGGCAAGCAUGAAUUUAGCUACUCGAAGAAUUCGCAGAUACGCAUUAAACUGUUAAUUUUAGAAAUACUAAGUCUUUUAUUCGCUUGUGGUUCGGCGCAGCAAUGUAACAUAAGAUAUGGAUUACGUGAGCCCUGUGGAUCUGGUCAUAUCACAAGGACAAUUUGUAAAUUGAGUUCUUGCUGUUAUGACGAAAAGGAAAUAGAUCCCGUAUGCUACAAAAGAGUUGAAUCAAUGUUGAUUGAAUCACAAGCGAUGGAUUUGAGUACACGAACUUCGUUAGAAGCAUCGCGGUCAUCGUUUUAUAAACGACUUCGUGAAAAUGCCGAUCCAGUCAAACUAUUAUUUACAGGAUUUUCCAGACUGAGAGGAGGUGGUGGUUACAAAGUUCUCAGAUUUGGUGGAAAUUCAGACUAUGAUGGGUCAUUGCUCACAAAUCAUUGUCAUAUAAAGAAUCUCAACAGAAUAUGCGGGAAUAAACGAUAUACAACACGGCAAAGUUGUGAAAGAUGGAAAUGUUGUUGGGAUGAAGGAACGUCAGCUUGUUAUCAGUCUACAUACAGAAUUCUCAGAUUUCAGAAUGAAUGUCCUCCUGGAUUUUAUAAUCCUCCUAAAUGUGAAGAAAUUGAUGAGUGUGCUUCAAGUCCUUGUGAGAAUGGAGGAAUAUGUGAGAAUCUGAUAAAUUCCUACAGAUGCAAUUGUUCUGGUUCAUUUUAUGGAGUGAAUUGUGAAAAAGCCUAUUCUGGCAAUGGACAAAUAGUACGAAGUUGUCACACAAAUCCAUGCCACAAUGGUGUAUGCACAAAUAAAAAGUUUGGUUACACCUGUGCUUGCAAUGCAGGAUAUACUGGAACUAACUGUGAUAAAGAUAUAGAUGAAUGUAUUUCCAACCCUUGUAGAACUGGAGCAACUUGUAUUGACUUAAUCAAUGAUUUUUUGUGUGAAUGUCCAACUGGAUAUUCUGGAAAGCAUUGUGAUACAGAAAUUGUUGAUUGUGCAUGUUUGAAUGGUGGACAAUGCUUAGAUUUGGUUGAGGGCUACCAAUGUAAUUGUACUAAAGGAUAUCAAGGAAUACACUGUGAAACAGAUAUUGAUGAUUGUGCAUCUAAUCCAUGCAAAAAUGGUGCUGAUUGUGUAGAUCUUGUCGAUAAAUAUCAAUGUUAUUGUCCUGUUGGAUUUGAAGGCAAAAAUUGUGAAAUAGAUAUUGAUGAUUGUGAUCUAAACCCUUGUUUGAAUGAUGGAACAUGCAAAGACCUUAUCAAUGCAUUUUUCUGUGAUUGCAAGAUUGGUUAUAAAGGGAAAAGAUGUCAAUAUGCUUCAACACUGACAGAGGUUAGAUUCUGUAAUCCAAAUCCCUGUCUACACAAUGGCCAAUGUAUUGAAAUGGAUAAUGGAUAUACUUGUAAAUGUACUGCUGGGUAUGAAGGAAUAAAUUGCAACAGGGAAAUCAAUAAUUGUCUGUCAAAUCCAUGUGAAAAUGAUGGUCUUUGUGUAAAAUUACCUGGCAAAUAUAAAUGUGUCUGUCCAGCUGGAUUUUCAGGAGAGAAAUGUCAAACAGAUGAGAAUGAUUGCUCCUCAAAUCCUUGCCAUAACGAAGGAAUAUGUGUUGAUCAGAUUGCUGGUUAUAAAUGUAUUUGUCCAAAGGGAUUUACUGGGAACACUUGUUUCAUUGAUAUUAAUGAUUGUCAUUCAAAUCCUUGCCAAAAUGAUGGUUUAUGUGUUGAUCUCAUCAAUGGGUAUAAAUGUUCCUGUCCAAGUGGUUUUACAGGAAUAGAUUGUGAACAAGAUGUAAAUGAAUGUUUAUCAGAACCAUGUCAGAAUGAUGGUCUUUGUGUAAAUUUGGUAAAUGAAUAUGACUGUAUUUGUUCCUCUGGAUUUACUGGAAAAAAUUGUGAUGCAGAUAUCAAUGAUUGUGCUCCUGAUCCAUGUAAAAAUGGUGGAAUUUGUGAGGAUUUAAAACAACAUUACAUUUGCAACUGUGUUGAUGGAUUUACAGGACAAAAUUGUGAGACUGAUAUCAAUGAUUGUUUUUUGAAUGUAUGUCAAAAUGGUGGGAUAUGUACUGAUCAGAUUUCUGGCUUCAAAUGUACUUGUCCCAUUGGAUUCACUGGAGUGGUUUGUGAAAUAGAUUUUAACGAUUGCUAUUCCAGUCCUUGUAAAAACGAAGGAUUAUGCGUUGAUCAAGUGGAAAGUUACGAAUGUGUGUGUAAAAAUGGUUUCACGGGUUUAAACUGUGAACAAGAUAUUGACGAUUGUUUUAUGAAUCCCUGUGAAAAUGGUGGAUUAUGUGUUGAUCAAGUAGACAGUUUCAAAUGUGUUUGCCGAAAUGGAUUCACAGGGCAAAGUUGUGAACAAGAUGUAAAUGAGUGUCUUGUUAAUCCUUGCCAAAACAAUGGAUUGUGCGUUGAUGAGAUCGCUGGAUAUAAAUGCAUAUGUCAGAGUGGAUAUUCUGGAUCAGAUUGCGAGAUUGAUAUUGAUAAUUGCUCAUCUGAUCCAUGUAAGAAUGGAGGACUAUGUGUUGAUCAAGUCGAUGGGUAUAAAUGUAUUUGUCCAGAUGGAUUUACAGGCAACAAUUGUAUAAACGAUAUUGAUGAUUGCAACCCAAAUUCUUGCUGGUUUAGCACAAAGUGUAUCGACCUGUUCAAAGAUUAUAGAUGUGAAUGUAUAGAAGGAUAUGAGGGAAAGAAUUGUGAAAUUGAUAUCAAUGAAUGUCUUUCAAAUCCUUGUGAAAAUGAAGGGAGUUGUGUGGAUUUUAUUAAUGAAUAUCAAUGCGUUUGUCCUCUUGGAUUUGAAGGAAAGAACUGUGAAAUAAACACAGAUGAUUGCUUAUCAGAUCCGUGUAUGAAUAAAGGAAAUUGCGUGGAUUUGAUAAAUAGCUUCUCUUGUUCAUGUAUGGAAGGCUAUACAGGACAUAGAUGCUUAAUAAACUUUGAUGAAUGUUCUUCUUCACCUUGUAAAAAUGAAGGAACUUGUAUUGAUAAAAUAAAUGGAUUUAAUUGUCAAUGUGUGAAAGGUUUUGUUGGAAAUCAGUGUGAAGAAGAUAUUAAUGAAUGUCAGUCUGGACCUUGCUUACAUGAUGGAAAAUGUAUCGACAAGAUAAACAGUUAUGAGUGUGUGUGCAUGGGUGGAUUCUCAGGAGACCAAUGCCAGAUGAAUAUCAAUGAAUGCUCUAGUUCACCUUGUUUAAAUGGUGGAAUUUGCAUUGAUGAAAUCAAUCAUUUUAUUUGUGACUGCCCAGUUGGAUUUACUGGGAAGCAAUGUGAUACAGAUAUAAAUGAUUGCCAGCCAAAUCCAUGUAAAAACAAAGGGAUCUGCAACGAUUUAGUGAAUGGGUACCAAUGCACAUGCUCAAACGGUUUUACUGGAAAUAAAUGUGAAAAUGAUAUUAAUGAAUGUGGUUCUUUACCUUGUGCUAACGGAGCAUCCUGUGUUGAUGGUGUAAAUGGAUACUCGUGUCACUGUUUGCUGGGAUUCACUGGAAUUCAUUGUGAAAUAGAUAUAAAUGAAUGUGAAUCAUUACCUUGUAACAAUGGAGGAACUUGUAUUGACAAAGUUGAUAAUUAUCAUUGUGAAUGUCUACCAGGAUUUACAGGGAGACAGUGUGGAGCUGAUAUGAAUGAUUGCCAGCUAAAUCCAUGUAAAAACAAGGGGAUCUGCAAUGAUUUAGUAAAUGGAUAUCAAUGCACAUGUUCGAACGGUUUUACUGGAAAUGAAUGUGAAAUUGAUAUUAAUGAAUGUAGUUCCUCUCCUUGUAUAAAUGGAGCAACUUGUGUUGAUGCUGUAAAUGGAUAUUCAUGUCACUGUUUGCCUGGAUUUGCUGGAAUUCAUUGUGAAAUAGAUAUAGAUGAAUGUGAAUCAUCACCUUGCAAUAAUGAAGGAACUUGUAUCAAUAAAGUUGAUGAUUAUCAUUGUGAAUGUCUACCUGGAUUCACAGGAAAACAAUGUGAAACUGACAUAAAUGAAUGUCAGUCAAAUCCAUGUAAAAAUGAAGCGAUCUGCUAUGAUAAAGUAAAUGGAUAUCAAUGUACAUGUUCGAAUGGUUUUACUGGAAAUGGGUGUGAAAUUGAUAUUAAUGAAUGCAGUUCUUCACCUUGUACAAAUGGAGCAAUUUGUGUCGAUGGUGUAAAUGGAUAUUUAUGUAACUGUUUGUCGGGAUUCACUGGAGUUCAAUGUGAAAUAGAUAUAAAUGAUUGUCAACUAAAUCCGUGCAAAAAUUCUGGAAUAUGUAAGGAUCUAGUAAAUGGAUACCAAUGUCAAUGCAAAGCAGGUUUAACUGGCAGACAUUGUGAUAUAGAUAUAGAUGAUUGCCUUUUAGUACCUUGUAAAAAUAAUGGAAUUUGUACUGAUGAUGUUAAUGGAUAUAUUUGUCAAUGUAUCAAUGGGUUUACUGGAUAUCAGUGUGAAACUGAUGUGGAUGAAUGUGCUUCAUCACCAUGUAUAAAUGGAGGAAUUUGUGUUGAUGAAGUCAAUGAGUAUAUCUGUGAAUGUAUGUCAGGCUAUACUGGACAACGAUGCCAAAUAUAUAUUGAUGAUUGUGGUUUGAAUCCAUGCCUAAAUGGAGGCCUAUGUAUUGAUAAAGUGAAUGCUUAUGAAUGUCAAUGUCUUGAUGGGUUCACGGGAAUAAGUUGUGAAACAGAAAUUGAUGAAUGUGCAAACAACCCAUGCUUAAAUGAUGCAAAAUGCAUUGAUUUAAUUGGUGAUUUUAAAUGUGAUUGCAAAGCGGGAUUCGCAGGAAUUUUAUGUGAAAUAGAUAUUAAUUAUUGUAUUGACAAUAUAUGUUUGAAUGAAGGAAAGUGUAUUGAUAUGUUGAACAAUUUCAAAUGUGAUUGCAAACCUGGAUUUACUGGUGAUUUAUGUGAAACAGAUAUUGAUGAUUGUCAGGAAAAUAGAUGCUUCAAUGCUGGACAAUGUAUUGACAUGAUCAACAAUUUCGAAUGUGACUGCAGACCUGGGUACACUGGCACAUUGUGUGAAAUAGAUAUUGAUGAUUGUGCUUUGAAUCCGUGCAAGAAUGAAGGUUUCUGUAUAGACAAAGAAAAUGCAUAUGAAUGCCAAUGUCUGGAUGGAUUUACUGGAUUAUAUUGUGAAAUUGAUGUAAAUGAAUGUGCUUCAUCACCAUGUAUAAAUGGAGGUAUUUGUGUUAAUGAUGUCAAUGAAUAUAUCUGUGAAUGCAUGUCAGGAUACACCGGAGAACAAUGCCAAAUAGAUAUUGAUGACUGUGCUGGAAAUCAGUGUUUAAAUGAGGGGCAGUGUAUUGAUCUAAUUGGAGGUUAUAAAUGUGACUGCAAAGCUGGAUUUGCUGGUGCAGUAUGUGAGACUGAUAUAAAUGAAUGUGCUUCUGGUCCUUGUGAAAAUGGCGGCAGGUGUUUGGAUCUCGUGAAUUCAUAUUCAUGUGAAUGUUCAGAAGGAUUUACCGGAGCACAAUGUGAAAUAGAUGUAGAUGAUUGCAUUAAUGAUCUGUGUUUGAACGAUGGGAAAUGUGUUGAUUUGGUUAAUAAAUUUCAAUGUGAUUGCAAACCUGGAUUUACAGGCGUAUUAUGUGAAACUGAUAUUGAUGAAUGUACGGAGUUAAAGCACAAUUGCUUGGUUUGUUCUAAUACAUAUGGAAGUUUUAUCUGUGAGUGCGAGUUUGGAUUACAAGAGGGUGAUCUUUGUGAAUGGAAUGUCUUUUCUGAUGGAGUCGACACAAGGACAUAUCAAUUAUCUGGUAUGCUUGUUUCAAGCUUUACUGAAGCUGAAAACUUGUGCAAAGAGAUUGAUCCUACUGGACGCCUGGCAAUAAUUCCAGAAAAAUUUAUUGAACAAUUGGGCUCUAGAAUUUCAGAUAUUCAUACAGCAUUUUCUUCUAUACAAAUAUGGGCAAAAACUGAAGAGUUAGGAUGCACACAAAUAAGCUUGAUCGACAGAACAACGACAACAUGGGUACCAGUUUCAUGCGACACAAUAGGAAUCAAAUCCAGGAUUUUAUGUGAAAGAACCCCAUCUACUGGUGGAUUUUGGAUAUAGAAUAAAAUGAUAUAUGAAAGUUCAUCUUUGCAAUCACCUAGUAUCACUUCUAGUCAACGCUAACUCAAAUGUUAUUAAAUAUAAACAGAGAGCUUUUGAUUUUUCAUGUUAAUUUUUAUUAAAUUUUUUUUAGAAAUUAUUUAUAUGUAUGUUAUCUGAAAAAUGGUUCCAUAUUUAUUUAUAUACUUCCUGUGUUUUGUGUAUAUUUGCUUCUGUAAAUGCAUUAAUUUGUAAUGGUAUUUGCGCUAUCUCUGUACUAUCUUGUUUUUCGUGUAAUUCACUUACAAUGAUACAAAAAUAAUAUAGGUAUGAUAAUGAGUUUCAAACAUCAUAUAUAUAUAAUGAUGUAAAAUAUAGUAAUUUAGUUUAUCAUGAUUUACAAGCUUCCAUUAUUGAAAUGCCUGAAAAUUUCAUCAAGGCGUGCAGUUUUACUUUUCUAUCGCUCCAUGCUCCACAUAAAAAAUCAUAUGCAACUUGAAAAACACUAAAUGUUUGUUUACGACAACUUGCGAAUCCAAACUCCCGGUUCAAUUCAGACGCCAAUCGCUUUUUUAACAUGUGAUGAUUCAUUGGUAUGAUCAAUACUGCGGGUUAUUCAUCCAUGCACGAUAAAAUUCCGUCAGUUUUAGAAAUCAAUGUUUAUCAGAAACUGAACAUUGUCAACGAACAUUUUCGUAAUUACAAUAAAAUACGCUGAUUAAAUAUUGAAAUAAAUUAAUGCGUGAAUCAUAA